AUGUCAGGCGCACAAGGAGCUCAGCCGCCGGGGUCACAGACGGCAACAACGUACAAGUCAAUUCCGGGAGGAGAGAACAAAAGCAAGACAGAGCUGAAAUCCCGACAGGACCAAGGUGGCCUUCAGAUUGACAAGCUCCAAGACAAGGUCGAGGAUGCUGCUGGCAAAGGUGGCCCUGUCUUUGGCGCCGGGAAAGACCCAAAUAAGCAAGACCUUGGUGUAACCGGCAGUGGAUAA